AAUGGCAGGAGCGGGGAGGCGGUGAGGGAGGCGCAGCAGCGGCCAGGCCAGCUGCAGGAAAGCUGCGCGCUGCUCUCCUGAACCAGCCGCUGGGGCCGCAUCAGGUGGAGAUCUGUUCAUCAGCGCAGCAGCAGCAGCACAGAUCACCAUCAGACUCCUCCUGCUCCUCAUCUCCGCGGCUCCAACUUCACGGGUUUUGUUUCACCUCUGAAACUGUUUUUUUUUCCUUCUUCUUUUUUUUUUUUUUGCCAUAACACUCUCUGAACAAGACAAGUGGAAACCUAGAAAAAAAAGACACCGGCAGAAAAAAAGGUUUUACGACAAAACAUGGGAAGAAAGAAAAUUCAAAUUUCUCGGAUUCUUGACCAGAGGAACAGACAGGUGACCUUCACCAAACGUAAGUUUGGUCUGAUGAAGAAGGCGUACGAGCUGAGUGUGCUCUGUGACUGCGAGAUCGCCCUCAUCAUCUUCAACAGCACCAACCGUCUGUUCCAGUAUGCCAGCACGGAUAUGGACAAAGUGCUGCUGAAAUACACAGAGUACAGUGAGCCGCACGAGAGUCGCACUAACACCGACAUCCUGGAGACGCUGCGCAGAAAAGGCCUCGGUCUGGAUGGCUCGGAGCUCGACAGCGAGGAGAGCGUGCAGGCUGCUGCAGACAAGUAUUCUGGCAGCGACAGCAUGGACCUUUCUGUGGCUCGCCAGCGUUUCUGUCCUCCCUCUCUGCUGUCACCAGAGACCCAGUUCCUCGUGUCUGCUGGUUGUGAAAAUGGUUUCCCCAACUCCUCUGCAUGCGCCGUGGCUCCCCACAGGCCAACAGGAUUUAAAGCUCUGAGCUCACGUCCAGGAUCUGCAAGCCCUGCAGCCCCGCACGGCGCAUUCAUGUCCCCUCACGCAGGCAUCGGCUACUCAGUGUUCUCUCAUGGCAACCUGAACCGCGCUCUGGACAUGAAAAGCCCUCCUCCUCCUCUCAGUCUGGGCAGCGAAAACCUGCGGGCAGAUGCUGCAAAUCAGGCCAUGGGGGCUGCAAGAGCAAACCACAACUCUGCUAGGAGUCUGCUGUACCAGGGCCUGCAUGGCAGCGGCUCUAUGGUGGCCAUGGGUAAAGCAGGGCUCCUGGGUCACAGCUUCGGGGGCUACAGCCUUCCCUCAACUGGAGCUUCUGAGUACACCCAGCCUGGUUUCUUUCACUCUGUUAGUUUACAGCGCGGAACAGUGACUCCCUGGCAGCACGAAAAUCAGGGGCCUCAUAUAAGCUCAGGGAUGUCCAGUGGGGGGUGCUCCUUCCCGUCUCAGUCUUGCUCAUCAAACUCUCCUCAUCUGCCCUCCUUGAACCUCAGCAUCAAAUCAGAGCGAAGCUCUCCUGACCACAUGUGCUCUCCAACCUCCCCUCGCCUGCACCACCUCAGGCAGCAUUCUCCAACCAGCAACCCUGAUUUAGCUCGACACACCCCUCCAGAGGCUCACUCGACCAAUAGGACGAAGGAGCUUCCCAAAGCCGGAUACCCGCAAGGUGGAGAGGAGAGAGGGCAGCCUCUCAGGCAGCUGGAGAUGAGCGAUGGUUGGCAGAGAUAGUGGUCUGCCGCUCGCUGACACCACAUCUAGUUCAGCAGCUCCCAACCAAACAGGAGGGGUCCAGAUGAACGUCCUGCUGAGGGACACCCUCCUCUGUCUCCUCUCACAGAGCUGGGCUCUACAGGGUGGAAAAGAAAUCCCCCUUCCAUCACUCACUUCAUCCCAUGAGGAGACAGAUGCAUAAGGAACUUUUUUUUUGUUUUCAUUUUUCUGUGUUGAAAAAAAAAAUUGCUUGGUUUAUUUUUGUUUCUUCAUUUUGCAGCUUUUUGAACAUAGGUAGAACAACUGAAAGCCUGAAGAUGAUGCUGAAAAUAUAUUUAGUAUUUAAAACAGGCAUUGCUUCUGAGUGGGAACUGAUCCUAAACAUGCACUGCUCAAAAAAUUAAAGGAACACUUUGAAAACACAUCAGAUCUCAAUUGGGGAAAAAAUAAUGCUGUUUAUUAAUACUGAUAUGGACUGGGUGAUGUGUUAGGAACAAAAGGAUGCCACAUCAUUUGAUGGAAAUGAAAAUAUCAACCUACAGACGGCUGAAUUUAAAGAUACUCCAAAAAUUACAGUGAAAAAAUUAUGCAGCAGGCUAGUCCAUUUUGCUGAAAUUUCAUUGCCCCCACGUGCGUGUAUGCAUGCCUGACAACGUCGGGUCAUGCACCUAAUGAGACGACGGAUGAAGUCCUGGGGUGUCUCCUCCCAAAUCUAGACCAGGGCAUCACUGAGCUCCUGGACAGUCUGAGGUGCAACCUGGCUACGUCAGAUGGAUGGAAACAUAAUGUCCCAGAGGUGUUCUAUUGGAUUUAGGUCAGGUGAGUGUGGGGGCCAAUCAAUGGUAUCAAUUCCUUCAUUCUCCAGUAACUGCCUGCAUACACUCGCCUCAUUUGCAUUGUCAUGCAAAAGGAGGAACCCAGGCCCCACUGCACCAGUAUAGGGUCUGACAAUCGGUGGAUUUCAUCACGAUAUCUAAUGGCAGUCAGGGUGUCGUUGUCUAGCCUGUAUAGGUCUGUGCGUCCCUCCAUGGAUAUGCCUCCCCAGACCAUCACUGACUCACUACCAAACCGGUCAUGCUGAACGAUGUUACAGGCAGCAUAACAUUCUCUACAGCUUCUCCAGACCCUUUCAUGUCUGUCACAUGUGCUCAGGGUGAACCGGCUCUCAUCUGUGAAAAGCAAAGGGCGCCAGUGGCGGACUUGCCAAUUCCGGUUUUCUGUGGCAAAUGCCAAUCAAGCUCCACGGUGCCGGGCAGUGAGCACAGGGCCCAAUAGAGGUUGUUGGGCCCUAAGGCCACCUUCGUGAAGUCUGUUUCUGAUUGUUUGGUCAGAGACAUUCACACCAGUGGCCUGCUCGAGGUCAUUUUGUAGGGCUCUGGCAGUGCUCCUCCUGCUCCUCCUUCUCGCACAAAGGAGCAGACACCGGUC